UCAGAGGCAAGCUCCACACAGGCUCUUUCCACAGCCAGUCACAGCCGCCAACCAGUCUUUGGUGACAGUCUUCUUGCUGCCAGGGCCCACCGGCUCCCUCAGACUCUCCUGCCUCCGCUGUCAGCGGGUCACGACGUCAUUCCGGUCGCCUGCGCACCUUCGCUGCUGGGAGCGCGACGCAGGCGCAUUGACUGAGUUUCCCCGGGAGAUCCCUGAGCACGUGGGUUGUGCUGUCCCGUACGCGCGCGGAGGGACUGGAACCUGAAUUUUGCUGGUGUUCUUCGUGGGUAGCAGACUAGCAAGGGCCAUGGCACCAGCGGGAAUCCUGAACGGGAAAGUGGUCUCCGCGCAAAUCAGGAAUCGACUGAAGACCCAGGUUACUCAGAUGCAGGAGCAGGUACCUGGCUUCACCCCUGGCCUGGCAAUCCUGCAGGUUGGCGACAGAGAUGAUUCCAAUCUUUAUAUAAAUGUGAAGCUGAAGGCUGCUCAAGAGAUCGGGAUCAAAGCCACUCACAUUAAAUUACCAAGAACUUCCACAGAGUCGGAGGUGUUAAAAUACGUCAUCUCCCUGAAUGAGGAUGCCACUGUGCACGGAUUCAUAGUACAGCUGCCUUUAGACUCAGAGAAUUCCAUUAACACAGAGGCAGUCAUCAAUGCCAUUGCCCCUGAGAAGGAUGUGGACGGGUUGACGAGCAUCAAUGCCGGGAAGCUUGCCAGAGGUGAUCUAAAGGACUGCUUCAUUCCGUGCACACCCAAAGGAUGCUUGGAACUCAUCAAAGAGACAGGAGUGCAGAUUGCAGGAAGGCACGCCGUGGUGGUCGGGCGAAGUAAAAUAGUUGGUGCACCCAUGCACGACCUGCUUCUGUGGAACAAUGCCACGGUGACCACCUGCCACUCCAAGACUGCCGAUCUGGACAAGGAGGUAAAUAAAGGAGACAUUCUGGUGGUUGCAACAGGACAGCCUGAGAUGGUGAAAGGGGAGUGGAUCAAGCCUGGAGCUGUGGUCAUAGACUGUGGGAUCAAUUAUGUUCCAGAUGAUACAAAACCAAAUGGAAGGAAAGUUGUGGGUGACGUAGCAUAUGACGAGGCCAAGGAGAAGGCGAGCUUUAUCACGCCUGUCCCCGGUGGCGUGGGGCCCAUGACCGUGGCAAUGCUGAUGCAGAGCACAGUAGAGAGCGCACAGCGCUUCCUGAAGAAAUUUAAGCCAGGGAAGUGGACAAUUCAGUAUAACAAGCUGAACCUCAAGACGCCUGUACCAAGUGACAUUGCUAUAUCACGAUCUUGCAAACCCAAGCUCAUCGGUAACCUGGCCCGAGAAAUUGGGCUACUCACUGAGGAGGUGGAAUUGUAUGGAGAAACAAAGGCCAAGGUCUUACUGUCAGCACUAGAUCGCCUGAAGCAUCAGCCAGAUGGGAAAUACGUUGUGGUGACUGGAAUUACUCCAACACCCCUGGGAGAAGGGAAGAGCACAACCACCAUCGGGCUUGUGCAAGCCCUCGGCGCCCACCUGCAUCAGAAUGUUUUUGCGUGUGUGCGACAGCCUUCUCAGGGCCCCACCUUUGGGAUAAAAGGUGGCGCUGCAGGAGGCGGCUAUUCCCAGGUCAUUCCUAUGGAAGAGUUUAAUCUCCACCUCACUGGUGACAUCCACGCCAUCACUGCCGCUAAUAACCUUGUGGCUGCUGCUAUUGACGCUCGGAUAUUUCAUGAGCUGACCCAGACAGACAAGGCUCUCUUUAAUCGUCUGGUACCCUCAGUAAAUGGAGUAAGAAAGUUCUCUGACAUCCAAAUCCGCAGGUUACGGAGGCUAGGCAUUGAGAAGACUGACCCCGCUGCGCUGACAGAUGAUGAGAUAAACAGAUUUGCAAGACUAGAUAUUGAUCCAGAAACCAUAACAUGGCAGAGAGUGCUGGAUACUAACGAUAGAUUCCUGAGGAAGAUCACCAUUGGACAGGCUCCAACCGAGAAAGGCCACACACGCACGGCCCAGUUUGAUAUCUCUGUGGCCAGUGAAAUCAUGGCAGUCCUGGCCCUCACUAGUUCUCUGGAAGACAUGAGAGCAAGGCUGGGCAAAAUGGUGGUAGCGUCCAGUAAGAAAGGGGAGCCUAUCAGCUGUGAAGACCUGGGCGUGAGCGGGGCGCUGACGGUGCUCAUGAAGGAUGCGAUCAAGCCCAAUCUCAUGCAGACCUUAGAGGGCACGCCGGUAUUUGUCCAUGCUGGGCCUUUUGCCAACAUUGCACAUGGGAAUUCCUCCAUCAUUGCAGACCGGAUUGCACUCAAGCUGGUUGGCCCUGAGGGCUUUGUAGUGACAGAAGCAGGAUUCGGAGCAGACAUAGGAAUGGAAAAGUUCUUCAACAUCAAGUGCCGGUAUUCUGGUCUCCAGCCUCAUGUGGUGGUUCUUGUUGCCACUGUCAGGGCUCUUAAGAUGCACGGGGGUGGCCCCACGGUCACCGCUGGACUGCCUCUUCCCAAGGCUUACACAGAAGAGGACCUGGACCUGGUGGAAAAGGGCUUCAGUAACUUGAGGAAACAGAUAGAAAAUGCUAGAAUGUUUGGAGUGCCUGUCGUGGUGGCCAUGAAUGCAUUCAAGACAGAUACAGAUGCUGAGCUGGACCUCAUCGGCCGCCUCUCCAGAGAGCAUGGGGCUUUCGAUGCUGUCAAGUGCACCCACUGGGCAGAAGGGGGCCAGGGAGCCUUAGCCCUGGCUCAGGCUGUCCAGAGAGCUUCACAGGCCCCCAGCAGCUUCCAGCUCCUCUAUGACCUCAAGCUCUCAGUUGAAGAUAAAAUCAGGAUUAUUGCACAGAAGAUCUACGGGGCCGAUGACAUCGAAUUGCUCCCUGAAGCACAAAACAAAGCAGAAAUCUACACAAAGCAGGGCUUUGGGAAUCUACCCAUCUGCAUGGCCAAAACACACUUGUCUUUAUCUCACAACCCAGAGCAAAAAGGGGUGCCUACUGGCUUCGUUCUGCCCAUCCGGGACAUCCGGGCCAGCGUUGGGGCUGGUUUCCUGUACCCUUUAGUAGGAACGAUGAGCACAAUGCCUGGACUCCCUACUCGACCCUGUUUUUAUGAUAUCGAUUUGGACCCUGAAACUGAACAAGUGAAUGGAUUGUUUUAAACAGAUCUUCCAUCUCCAAGAGGCUACUCUGUCUGGCCAGUGUCUGUUCAGGCCCACUGAGGAAGUGUGCAGAGAAGUCUUGAAAGUCUGUGCCUGCCCUGAAGAGCUUCAGAAAUAGUGGAAGUUUCUCUAAAGCCUUUCAUAGCCUUAAUUCAGAUCAUGUAUAAAUUAACAUAAAUCAUGCCUAUUUACAUAGUAAAAGUCCACAGAAUAAAUGA